CUUUGGUGGUCUCAAUCACUCCGUGCGGUGAAUGGCAGCAAGACCGAGUGAUCAGCCGAUAACCACAUUAGCAUUGAGGGGCAUUUGCAAGACGUACACUUUGGAUGCGAUCUUCCAGCUCCUCGAUGCAGCCUGCGGUGCUCAGCGAACAUACAACUUUGUGCACCUCCCAAAGCGAGGAGGUCAGCAACACGGUGGUUUGGUGAUCGUCAACUUUGCUGAUCCGGGCUCUUGCAGAAGUUGUCUUGAGAAGUUGCUGAAGAUGCGAGAAGAUGGAGUGUUCACUGGAGUCAAGAGCAUAGCGCCGUCAUACAUCCAAGGCUUUGCAGAGAACCUUGCGUACUAUUCGGUGCUCGUGACUGAAGGAAUGGCUGGAGAGCCACCAAUGGUUUUCGAACGGGGAAGAUGGCUUCAGAACAUCAUGCCCGUGAUUCAGCAAUUUGUGACUCCGGAACUCAUGGUGUGGGCAAGUGAGCAAGUGAAGGCCUUAUAUGGAAUGGGUACAUCCCAAUCCACUCAGAAGGACAGAGAACCUCACCUGCAAGACUUGCAAGACUUGCAAGACUUGCAAGACUUGAAACAACUCGGUGGUCGCAAUCCAACACUGCGAGAGCUCGAGCGAAUUCAGAUGCUUCUUCCCGAGAGCAGAUCCGUUGACUCCAGCGACUUCUUGAUUUUCUCACUCUGAACCGGACAAGUCUGCGAUGGCAUAGUCUGAAGAUCAAGCGAACGCCAAGAGACGUAAGCUUGAGCUUCAAGCAUGCUGCGGAGACAGAGACAGACUGAAUCCCCAAUCAUUCUCCAUUGGUGAGAGCCGACGUGCCUGCUACAGCCACGAAGGACAUGAAAAGGUUGAAAACUCCUUCGCGUGAAGUGCAGCAUGCAGUUGCAUUUGAAGCUGACUCCACAUAAUGUUGGAAGUUCAGAAGCUUUUGCACUUUGCCUUUUACUGAUUUUUCGAGUCUUAGAGACGUGGUCUCUAUGAAAAUCGCUAACAAUUAAAUGGAAUUUUCAUUGCUCGACGCUGUUGCUCUGGUUUUCCGAAACUAUUCGUUUUUGCCAUACAGUUUUGAGUCUUCUUUGUAUUCCACAGUAAGACUAAUCGACUGAAAAAUAUUGCACUGGCUUGGAGCCGGCACCUUGAAAGACUCCAACAGACGAUGGGCGUCUGAUUUUCAGCAGGAGCAGCAAGGGCUGCUGCUGCCGCUGCCGCCCCCCUUGAAUCAAAUUUUGAGUCAGCACAGUCAAUCUGGUAGCUGGUAGAUUGCCAUGACUCGGUUCAGCUGAGCUGUGCAGAAUAGUCAUGCUGAAGCUCUGAAUUGCCUGUCCAAAUGAAUUGGGAGAUCGUGUCUUCAACUGGGUUGAAAAUUUGGUAGAAUGGUGGGCCCAGUGACAUC